AUGCAAUUCUCAAAAGUCGCCGUCUUAGCCGCUGUUACUGGUUCAGCUUUAGCUUCAUACAACUCAACUGUUCACGAAAUCGCUACAACUGUUAUCACAAUCACUUCAUGUGAAGACAACAAAUGUACUGCUCUUCCAGUUACCACUGGUUUGACCACUGUCACUGAAUAUGACACCAUCUACACCACUUACUGCCCACUUCCUACUGAAACUGAAGCUGAAGUUGCCCCAUCCCAACCAACAACUGUCGCUGCUGAAUCUUCUUCAGUUGCUCCAUCAUCAACUCCUGCUUCUAACAAUACCAUUGCUCCAAUUGAAGGUGCUGGUAACAAAUUGCAAGUUGGUGCUGCUUUGAUUGGUGCUGCUGCUUUGUUAUUUUAA